GGCAGCUGGCAACUAGCUGCCGCUGUCCACUGUUGUGAACAGCACACACUCUGCUCAGUGCCGACAUAGAUGACCAUGGAACUUUCUUUUUCAGAAACGAGUUCGUCUGUCCUUGCCGCUAUCGCAUGCGGUGGGGUUGCUUUGAUAAUCUUAGUGAAAUACUGUAACCGACAGCAAGGGGAAGUUGCAAUUAGCAAAGCCAGAUCGAGAAGAGAUGCAUCUUUUCAGCAAGCAGAGGAGGCGAUUCAUCAGUUCAGCACCACUAAACCUGAUGCAGACCUCUCUGGCAUCCUCUCCCUAUCUCUGGCGAAAUUGACAGAAAGACUGCAUAAGGGGUCCUUGAACCCUGAAGAAGUUCUUCAUGCUUACAUGAAAAAGGCAUUGGAGGUAAACAAGAAGCUUAAUUGUGCCACAGAGAUUCUGCUGGAGAGUUGCCAACAGGUGUCGAACCUAGAGAGUUGCAGAGAUGGCCUUCUUUAUGGUGUCCCUAUCAGCAUUAAAGAUAAUGUGGGAUACAAGGGGCAUGACUCCACGUGUGGCUUGGUGUGUAAAGUGGACCAGCCUGAUGAAGAUGACUGUGUGUUGGUAAAAGUGCUGAAAAGCCAAGGAGCAGUUCCAUUCAUCAAGACCAACAUUCCUCAAGGACUUCUUAACUACGACUGCAGUAACCCGUUGUUUGGCCAAUGCCGCAACCCCCACAACCUCCAGAAGACGCCGGGGGGCUCUUCAGGUGGGGAGGGCUCCCUCAUCGGAGGGGGAGGCUCCAUCCUGGGCAUCGGGACGGACAUCGGAGGCAGCAUCCGCAUCCCGUCUGCCUUCUGUGGGAUAUGCGGCCUCAAGCCAACAGCCAACAGACUCAGUUUACGGGGCCUUUCAGCUGCUGUUAGGGGACAAAAAUCAGUGUCCUCUGCUAUUGGGCCCAUGGCUAGGGAUGUGGACAGCCUGGCCUUGUGCAUGAGGGCUUUGCUGUGUGAGGAGAUGUUCACCCUGGACCCCACAGUGCCACCCAUCCCCUUCAAUGAUCAGGUCUACCUGAGCACCGAACCUCUUCGGAUAGGCUACUGUGAGGAUGACGGCUACCUCAAGCCCUCCCCCAGUAUGGCACGCACCCUGAGGGAAACUAAAGAGAUGCUGGAGAGAGCAGGACACACGUUGGUGCCAUUCACUCCUCCACGGAUUUUCUACACUAUGCACGAGCUGAUAGUGAGAGGCAUUCUGGCUGAUGGAACUGAGACGUUGCUGAGUAAACUGGAAGGCGGGCCUGUUGACAAAUGCUUAACGGCCCAGAUCAUUCCAUACCGUUUGCCCAUCUGGGUGAAGACAAUGCUGUCAGUUGUCCUCAAGCCCAUCUUCCCUCGUAUUGCUGCCAGCUUGAGUGCCAUUUGUGGAGUCAGAUCUGUUGCAGACCUGUGGAGACAGCAUGUCAGAGUUGAGGACUACACUCACGAGUUCAUCGCUGAAUGGCGUAAAAUGAAGAUGGACGUCUUGCUUUGUCCGAUGCUUGGACCUGCUUACAACUUCCAAUACUGUGGAAAGCUCACUUCUGCCCUGUCCUACACAAUACUGUACAACCUGCUGAAUUUCCCCGUGGGAGUGGUGCCAGUGUCUACCGUAACCCCCGACGACGAGGCCCAGCUGGACAACUACAAGGGCAACUUUGGGGACCCGUGGGACAAGCUGUUUGUUAAGGCUGUAAGAGGUGGUGUUGGACUUCCCAUGGCAGUGGAGUGUGUGGCUCUCCCCUAUCAAGAGGAACUCUGCCUUCGCUUCAUGAGAGAGGUGGAACAGCUAGUGAAAGACAACAGGAAGUGAAGUCAUACCAUUGCACCUGCAGUUCAUUCUAGAACGGGCCGCCACAAACUCCAUCGUUGCAGUGGGCACAGCUAAUCAUAACUCGUCUGAGCAGGUAGAUUGUGAUGUAAGGAGUAUGAUAGAAGGAAAUAUAAAUUAUACAUUUUACUCAUACUAGCGCACUAGCCUAUCAAUACUCACUUGAAAACAUGUCUGCAGUAACUAUAAUCUAUAAUCUGUAACUACAAAUAUAAUCUAUUUUCCUCUUUAUUUUCUACAAACGAAGAUGGGUAUUUUCCCAAUUAGCACUAGUGAUUUUCUUUACUGAAGUCCUGUUUAAAUUUGUACAUAUAUUUACAAUAUAACUAUUUUUUUUAUAGUGUGACGUUAUUUUGAAUCAACUGAAAAGAUAUUUCUAACUACAUAAGGAAAGUGUAAAUAGCACUCAAACAUUUCAAUGAUGAGGCAUUUGAUGUGAAACUAAUGAGCUAGCACAUUUACACUGUUUAGUACAGUUAACACUUUUAAAUCUAGUGAUUUUAGAUGCAUAUAGAUGCAUAUUAAGAGCUAUGUUAUGACUACCUCUGUAAUAGUUGAGCUCACUGAAAUUUCCCAACUAAUAAAAAACAACCAUCUAAUAAAUACAGCAAAAU